GAGUGGAGCCAGCGGAGUUCAGCGGAACAACCAACAUAACAGAGACCAAAGCUUUUGGUCUAUUUUCAUUCAUGCUUCAAAUUUCACACAAGCUAGGCUAGGGGACAUUGAUGCAGCGCACAGAAAAAUCAAGCCAUAAAUAUUGUGUGAGGUGGAUGCCAGAAAAUCCACUGCCAAACAUGGUUCCUUGUGCAAUUUUAGUAUACUAAUACUAACCUUGCACUAGUGUGAGUGGCUUCAAUUACAACAAGGAGGCCGAGGCAGUUACCAUGGUAACUUGCUCUGCCUCUGCUGUAUCCAAUCACUGAUUUCCAAACACUUGAUAACUUUGAUUAUUUCAAACACAAUUUCAUCUUUAGAUAUUUUUUUCCAAAAACUAAUUGUUGUUUAGCUAGAUUUCUUGGAAAACAAAAUUUUGCACAAUCAUUGUUCGCCAGCCAGAGAACCAUUCUGAUCAUGACAUUGCCAGGUCAGAAGCAGAGAUGCCAAGUUCAACGAUCACCUAGGCGUGAGAAAGGGAUUUUCUGUCUUGCAUGCAUGGUAAUUGGUUGCAUGAGAUCACAGGCGUUGUGUAUUUGGGGGUAGGCUGUGAUACAACCACGAGAGAGAGAGAUUUGAGGGGAUGAGCAAGACUGGAGUCCCUAGGCCUAGUAAUGCGGGAGUCUCCAGCAUGAAACUUAAAAUCAUGAAAAACAAACAAAAACAUGAGGCUUCCCUGCGAUGUUGAGAUUCAAAACAGGAUGCUGCCAUCACAUGGUAUGGUCAAGAGAGGGCGAUCUGUGAGGGCCUCUGUUGUGAUUGGUCGAAGGCCGCUGGCUGGGAACGGCAAAGGUGCAAUCUUCCUUGCAAUUUGCACAGCUAAAGACCGUGAUGGAGCAAAGUAUUGUUUGAAAGGGAAUGUGGUCAAGAUCUUUGGGCGCUUUGUUCAAGAAGGCAAAGCCACAAUUCGUAUCCAUGAACCAGCACAGGAUGUGUGUAUCAGUAAGGCUGACCCUCUCCAGCUGAAAGCCUUCCUGACAGCUGUCAAUCUAGCCCACCGAGACCAGGACCUACCCAAUACCCAGCUCUCUAGUCUGAUCCCAGCCAAACAGUCCCAAGUAGAACGGCCCAAGACUAAUGUGGUGAUCCACCAGAGACGGGACUAUCCUAUCAGUACUGGCUUUCCUCAGAAAAUGGAAUCUCUUCAGGUUAAUGAUUGUGGUUUGAAGAAAGUUGACAGCAGGAUUCUGAAGGCGAAGCAUCUGAAAAGAUUAGACCUGAGCCGCAACAGCAUCUGUGAAAUCCCAGAGAAUCUUGAACAGCUUGUAAACCUUUCUGAACUCAACAUCUCGAAUAACCAACUUCAAAGACUACCUAUGGGACUUUGCAAAAGUAAUCACCUGGCAAGAACAUUGCAAUGCCUGAAUGUUUCACAUAAUCAAAUCAGGCAUCUGCCAUGUGAACUAGUGUGCUUAGUGAGACUGGUUAGAUUGGACAUCUCACACAAUAGCCUGGAGAGCUUGCCAGAGAACUUUGGCAAGCUGCACCAUCUGCGCUUCCUGAACGUGAGUGGCAGUGCAAUCACAUUUGUUCCAUCUUCGUUCUCUAAGCUGAGGUUGGAGGAGAUUGAUUUGUCAGGGAGUGACUCAACAUUGUUUACAGCAAAGAGCUCUGUGGAUAUCCCAAACACUUCAGGUACAGUGCCUAAACUGGUAGAGCUAGCAGGAAGAACAACCAUUACAGAAAAGCUACCAUACAAGGAGGGCGACAUUCCAUUGACAUUGUGCUUCUACCUCUCAACGUCCCGUUGGCAUUGGUGUUUCCACGGUACACCCAUUAGCGUUGAAGGUCAGCCCUACGGGACAUUUGCGAUGCCCCUCAAUCUCUCACAUAUAGCGCAUACUGUCACAUCAUCAGACUUCCAGCAUCGGGCUGCACCCAUCCUCAUGAAAGGCUACUUGUGUUCUUACAAUUGCCAAGUCAAGUUUUCAAGAGGUGGAUAUGCGAGGUGAUGAUCAAGUAAACCCAUCAUUUAAAGGUUCAGAACCUUUUUGGAGAACUCAAUAUGAAUAAUGAGAAAGGUCCAUCAAACCGCACACUGCAUGAUCCCUGCCACCCUGGAGAGGGCACUCCUGUAUGUUGUACGCAAAAUUUCUAUAAACUCAGGAUAUGAAAGUGUGCUUAUUUUUGUCGUUUAUCCUUUUUUUCUGGAAAUGCACCAUUUGGGAGCUCCCACAAACACUGCAGUUCUUACUCCCUCUCACUCCCAAGCUUUGUUUUCUUGUUCUCACAUAUGGCAAAGUACUUGUUUGAAAUACUCUUUCUGGCUAAAUGAAAUGUGCUUGUUCUAUACCAAAUGCUACUGCAAAUUUCUGAUAUUGUACAAUAGCAGUGGGUCGAAUGUCUCACCUGCAUAACAGAAGGUGAGACAGAGGCACCACUUUUCCAAUCACGGAUGUUGCCAACAUCAAUAUCUUCACCAGGGUUAACUUAUUUUUAUCACAACUUUGAAAUUAUAAAGACCCUUUUAAUAAUAAUAAUAAUAAAUGUGAUUUCUAAGGUGCCAAAUACAUUUAAAUGCUCAAGGCGCACAGGUGAAGAGAGAGAGAGAAAAAAAAAAACACUAUCAAAUUAUGCAUAUGCAAUGUUGAAGAUAUGACAUAUUGGUUGUCAGGUUUUGGCUUUUGAUAUCAGGGUGGUGUUUCACAAGGAGUUAAGUAUGUCUAAUGGGGCGUUGCAAGUAAUUUGCGAUCAAUUGCAAGUCUAUUUUUGUUCCCUAAAUCAAUCAUAUGUCUUGCAGUUAAUUUGCAAAUUAGUGAUUGAUUGCUAAUCUGCUCCUUGAAACAAGAAGUUUAAUCUGAUUUGCUACAGCUAACUUGAUCUUUCAGUUGUAAAAUUGCAACAGAAUAUUUGCAAUUGAUCGCAAAUAUUCGCAUUGGUCAAAUCAUGCCUGUAGGAUGCGUGUUACUGCAUAUUAAUCAACAAGAUUGCAUGUUACAUUAUCAUGUGCACAUCAUCUGCACUAAGCAUGAUAAGUCAUACUUGACUCUGGAACACACCCCUGGUCACCGGGUCAUGGUCAUAUAUCAGAUCAAUUUCCAAAAUCAAAUUUAAUGAAACUUUUCUGAGAUGGUUAUAGGAUAUUAAAAUGACAUGAAAUGAAUAAACCAGUUACCAAAUAAAGGUUUUUUUUUUUUCUUCUCCAAUUUAAAAAAAUUAUUCAGUUUUUCUUCAUAAGCAAUGAAGCUUGUAUUUAAUGAGUAUCAAGUAUCCGCUAGUAUGUUAGUAAGAUUUCAGGUGAAAACUUUGAUUUCAUCAUUGAGUAAAAACUGUGUCACACAUGGUAGAGGUUUGACAAUCGCAUUUGUAGUGAAACCAAAACUGGGACCAGAACAGCAACUGGAACCCAUCUAAAACCAAACAUUACCAAACUACAUAAAAUCUGAGUAAUAGCAUCUUCAAACUCACAAAAUUCAUAUAUUUGUAAUUCCCUAGAUUGAUUUUGGUAAAUUGUUAUUGUAAAUUUUGGGACUGAAUAAUAAACACGAUCAGUGCCAUAAUGCAUUUCAUGUAACAGAAGGAUUUCUGCCUAAUUAGCAUUUCAAAAUACCCCUGCCAAUCUUAAGACUCAAAGUUAAAAACUUAAUGCCAUUAAACAAUUAUAUUUUUUCACUUAAUUUAAUCAUCUUGAAAAUGGGUCUUGGACACAUGACAUUGAUUAAACUAAAGACUAUAACAUUCUUCAUCAUCUCAAAUUCAAAGGUUUUCUUGUGACAUUGACUUUCUCAAUUACAUGCAAAUUACCGUACAAAGUGAAGAGAAAAUGAAUAUGUCAACUUACAAUUUAACUGGAAUGAAUACAUAAAGGGAAUCAUCAGGAAUGCCUCAUCAUCAGUCCUGGUGAUCUUGAUGCUCUGGCAUGGACUUAAAAUUGUGCUUAAAACUUCAAAUAUCUGUUAGACCCAUAGGUCCUGCCUGUGUGACUUCUGUGCAGAUAGUGAAGUUAUGGUGCUAGUUAAGGCAACCCACCCAACACAAAAUAUGUUCCACCUGUUAAGCAAGGGAGAGUGCAGUGGAGCCUGACUGGUUUAUUCAUUCCCAGAUUCUAAUGUGCAUAACAAUAGGGUAUAGCACUUCAGGGAGGAGGUUGAAUGGUCAUAUCCAUUCUCUUAUUCUUCUUCCAUAAAAUGUGUCGGGUAUGUUAUAAAUGUUUUCAUGUGUUCUCAUGGGAGAAUUACAUGUGAAAAUUUUAUUUUUAUAGUAAGGCCAUUUAAAAGUUUCCAAGGCCAUUCAACGGGACAUCUGCAGCAUUGGCCCUUGGUGGCCUUGUAUUAUCAUUUUUAUUUUUCUUUGUUCAAACAGUGAAUUAAAUCAGAGAAAUUUCAAGUGCUAUGUCACAAAAUCUACACUGCUACUAUACUGAAUAUCAUAAUGCAGGCAACAUUGCCAGGGCAUUCUUGUUCAUAUUUGUGCCCUGUAAAUUAAAUACAGAAUCUUAGAAUGAUUUCUUUAGCUGAUGAUAUGUCUUGGAUCUGUGAUUGAUAUCAAUCAUAGCAUUGAUUGUAUCUUCUUUUCAUAUGACAUUGGAUGAUUGCUGUUAGGAAUGUUAUUAGUAAUAUGUAAGUUGAUGAACAAUAUCUAUAUCAUAGAAAGUAACAACUGAAGCAAUCUUUUUGAAAUUAAGCAGAGUUUUUUUUUUUUUUUUUUUUUUUUGGGGGGGUCCCAUCAUGUUGUAUGCCUAUGCAAUCCAUAUUCAAGUUGAUUCCUAUUGAUGCACUCAGCACAAUGCAAAAUACAGGUUAUAUGUUAUUAUAUCCCUUACUUAAGAUUGUUGUAUUUAGGGUGUACACAAGGAGAAAAAGAAUAGUUUUACUACGAUAAACGUUUGCCAUAAAAUAGUUCAUUUUCCUUGCUGGCGUCACGCAUAGUCCAUUUUUUCCCUAGGGAAAAAGUGAACUAUACGUUUUUUUGACCCCCCCCCCUACCUCGCGAUUCGCGAGCUGUGCGGCGCGAUGCGAGCAGAGCGCUGCUCAGCCAGACGGUACUCUCCACUGCAUGCCACGGGAAACUUUCGGCGAGCUGCACUAACCAGGUGCGCUCGCUGAACAGAAGAUCCAUACAGCAAGACCUAUUAUUUUCUCAACUUCUCAACAAUUGUUCUAUAUCGACUUAUUAAAAAUCGUUUCGCUGUAAAAUGGUAUGAGUGGAAGGGAUAUAAAACAAAUAUACAAUGACCCAUUCUCGGAACAGGCUAAAACUAUUCGCACUCAGGAACAUCACAUAGUACUAUUCUCCCUCGGGCCGAUGGCCCUCGGGAGAAUAGUACUAUGUGAUGUUCUUUCGAUGCGAAUAGUUUUAGCCAGAUCCUCAAGUGUCAUUGUAUAUUUGUAUACUAUUUAAGUAUCCAGAUUUAAAAAAAAAAAUCUUUUUAGAGAAUAUAUUUCAAAUGGCUAAGCUCCACCCCUUUACAAAGAGAUGUCACAUCUCAUUUUCCUCUGGCAUCAUCUUGUCAGAGAUAGUGGUAUAUAGUUUUUCCAGAGCUGAUCACAUUAUGUCUCAAUACAAAAGGUGCAAUGUUAAGGUAUUGUGUAAGAGCAUGGUAUUUUAUUGUUAGCAUGUGCUGAGCUGUGGGAAGUUGCAUACCAUUGCCUUCUGUAAAAUGUACUUGAUUCUGAUGUCACGGGGGAAAUGAUACAUGAUGUAUCUGAGCUCUCUUCUAAGGGGUGGAGCUUAGCAAGUUGAAAAAUAUAUCAAAAUUAUUGAAAAUAUAUGAAACAUUUGGCUCAGACUCAUCUAUAUGUGUAUAUCAGGAUGCUAAAAAUUAUAUUUGUACUUUUAUACUUCAAAAUAAAAACAAGUUUGAAAACAAUU